GCUCCGAAGCCGUUUCCGGCCACCUCAGCGGGAAGCGGAGACGCCAGCGGCUCGCUGUUGGGGAGCUUAGCCGGAGGUGUAACCGGCCACCGCGGGAGAAGAAGGGGCACUGACUGAGGCGGCCUGGUCUCCGUAGCCAGGAAGAUGGUGCUGCUGACGAUGAUCGCCCGUGUGGCGGACGGCCUUCCGCUGGCCGCCUCGAUGCAGGAGGACGAGCAGUCAGGCCGGGACCUUCAACAGUAUCAGAGUCAAGCUAAGCAACUCUUUCGGAAGUUGAAUGAACAGUCCCCUACCAGAUGUACCUUGGAAGCAGGAGCCAUGACUUUUCACUACAUUAUCGAGCAAGGGGUGUGCUACUUGGUUUUGUGUGAAGCUGCCUUCCCUAAGAAGUUGGCCUUUGCCUACCUAGAAGACUUGCACUCGGAAUUUGAUGAACAACACGGAAAGAAGGUGCCCACUGUGUCUAGGCCCUAUUCCUUCAUCGAGUUUGAUACCUUCAUUCAGAAAACCAAGAAACUCUACAUCGAUAGCCGUGCUCGGAGAAAUCUAGGCUCCAUCAACACCGAAUUGCAAGAUGUGCAGAGGAUCAUGGUGGCCAAUAUUGAAGAAGUCCUGCAGCGGGGAGAAGCACUCUCAGCAUUGGAUUCAAAGGCUAACAAUUUGUCCAGUCUAUCUAAGAAAUACCGCCAGGAUGCGAAGUACCUGAACAUGCGUUCCACUUACGCGAAGCUUGCAGCAGUAGCUGUGUUUUUCAUCAUGCUGAUAGUGUAUGUGCGGUUUUGGUGGCUGUGAGAUGUGAACCUAGUCACUAGAGAGGGAGAACCUAGAACCCAGCAGGUGUAUGUUUUCAGGAAACUGAGCUCACAGGGCUGUGUAUUAGAAUCCACGUGGAACUUCUGCCUCUAAAGACCUUGUAAGAAAAGACCUGUCCUGAAAAUGAAAGAUGGCACCUCGUUUAAGGAAGCUUGACCCAUGUGGAAGUCUCUCUGAGGCAGAGACUUCUCUGGGUGCUGAGCUAUGUGUAUUAGGGAACAGUAGGUUGUCUGUUUUGUUUCUCCCCCUCCCAGUACAUUUGUGAGACAGCAGAACUGGGGCAUUCUCUCUCUGAUGGAGCCAUCAGUGAGAUUUAAGGUAGCCAACCCAUUCUAGCAGCAUCCUGAAAUUCUGUCAAAAGAAGGCGGCCCUUUGGGGAGUCCUAACUUUAAUCGACAUUCCUGUGUUGGUAAGGUGUGAUUGACUUUCAAGACUCGAAGUAUGUGACGGUUGUUGCUUUGAUGCACAGCUCCUGUGUGUUGGCCAUUGUAGGAAGUUAACUUUUGUUGUUUUCCUUUGAUAUUUUGCUUAUUGCACAGUUGCUUUGGAAUUAAAUCAAUUAUAUAAUAUGCCUUGAAA